AGAUAUUGCUUGGCAACCUGUUUUCAAAACAACACCUACCUGAUCAAACUAAACAAGAGCAUUAAAAAAAAGGAGAAAAACUAUAUUAUACUGCAUAAAAUUUGGAUAGACAGUUUCCAUAAUGUCUCUAAGCCUAGUCGAUCCAACUGUAACACAUUUGAGACAUAGACCCCCUCCACUGGCCUAUAUACCGAAACAAUGGCAAGCAGAUCACAGCACUCCAAGUCCUUAUCACAGUAGUCACUGCGAUCGUUCUUAUGGCGCAUGGAGAAAAUGGGGCUCAGCCAUGCCAGACAUGUAUGCAAGAAGUUCAACAGCUACCCACCCCGAUUGGUACCAGCGACGAGUCGAUACUAUUCGUUCGGCUGAUACAAAAUACCGUCUUUGGUCAUGGGAGAAAACUGAUCGUCCACAUGAAAAGCAAACAUUUAAUAACGAUCACAAGCAGAUGAUACCGAUUUAUAAAGGCUUUCAAGCUGUACCCAGAGAUAUUCAGGGUCAGGUAGCUAUGCCAAAAUGGGGUAUAUAUCAUCCAAAUUCUUAUCAAGAAGGAGCCCGUGUUGAACCUCUACCACCGCUAAGAACUCAUACAAAACAUAUAUGA